AUGGGUCUUGUUGACUACAACUCCGACUCCGACUCCGAGUCUGACUCCGAGCCCAAGACAUCCACCAAAUCCGUCCCGAAACCUCCUCAGCCACCCGCCAAAAAACAAGCGUUUCAGAAAGUCGUGGACCGAUCCAAGCCAGGCAAAAUCCUCGUCAGUCUGCCUCAGACGACCAAUCCGAGCAGCGUUGCAGACGGCGGCGAUGAGCCACCGCCGAAACGCGCACGUGCUGCCGGGGCAGGGCUAUUUUCAGGCUUCAAUUCCUUUUUACCGGCGCCGAAGAACACGGGGAAGACAGCCGUGAAACCGUCUGCGGGAGCGCCGCCGAGGCCAGGGAUCAACUUGAAGACGAGCGCGGCGCCAGGAUUCAGUCGGGAGGUGGAUUCAAGCUCAGCUUAUGAGUUCCCCACAUCGUCAGCCUUGGAGCCCGAAGCAGCAUCAGCCGGCUCGGACCAUCUCCUGAACCCUAGGAAUCAGCAGCCCGCACCUUCAAUACCAGAAGGGCAGAAGCCGGCCGAGGAAGUCAAAUUGGUUGGGAAGCCGCUCAAGUUCAGACCGCUAUCUGUUGGCGCACACGCGAAAAAGAAGCCCAAACCCUCCACCACCAGGCCAGAAACUGCCACGGCAGCGGUUAUUUCCGAGACACGCUGCGAAACUACAUCGUCAUCACAGCCAUCCACGGCCGAUCAGCCCAGGAAGAGCCUCUCCCUAUUCUCCAUGAACAGUGAAGAGGGACUAGAUGUCGGAUCCGCGUUUGCCAGCAACAGCGGCAGCAACAGCAACGGAGCUUAUGAACCUCUUUUUGAAACCUCGUAUGAACCUGAUGCAAAUGCCGCUUACGCCGCUUACGCCGAUUACACCGCCACCCAGUGCACGGGGCAGGUUGGAAACUCCAGCAGCACGGGAGGCACUACUGAAUCACUAGAUCAUAUAGCAAACGACUUGAACCUCUCUGCGGUAGCAAGAAGAGAGCUCUUUGGCCGUGCGGGAAGCAACUUCACCGCCAAAAAGGUGGUCAAUUUCAACAUGGACAGGGAGUAUCAGCACAACGAAGACAUCCGCGCCGCAGGCGAUCAGCAGAUCCACAAUCCCGUUCGUGCGCUGCAGGGUGGCAAACACAGCCUUAAGCAGCUGGUGCAGAACGCGCAGAAUCAGAGGGAGGCCCUGGAAGACAGCUUCGCCAAAGGGAAAAGCAAUCGCAAGGAGGCUAGCAGUCGUUACGGUUGGUAA